UCGCACGGGCCAGCCAUGUUGCUCGUGAACGCUCGGGCCGUGCUGCAUCGCUGUAGUGAAGCUUUCCUCUGGCUGUCCCUGCUCGUCCUGCUGCACUACACCGCCUGCGACGGCAACCCGGACUCGAAGCGUUUGUAUGACGACCUGCUAAGUAAAUACAACCGACUGAUACGACCCGUGACGAACAGGACCGACAAGGUCACGGCGAAGCUCGGCCUGCGACUAUCCCAGCUUAUACACGUGGACGAAAAACAUCAGGUAAUGACCACGAACGUAUGGUUACGACAGGAAUGGUACGACUACAGGUUGUCAUGGCACACGCACGAAUAUGGAGGUGUGGACAACCUCUAUGUGCCUUCAGGCGAUAUAUGGCUGCCUGACAUCGUACUAUUCAACAACGCUGACGGUCGCUACCAGGUAACGGUGAUGACAAAAGCUACUCUUCAUCCAGACGGUCUCGUCAUUUGGGAGCCGCCCUCCGUCUUCAAAUCCUCGUGCACGCUGGACGUACGCUACUUCCCGUUCGACCACCAGUCGUGUCGCAUGCGGUUUGGCUCGUGGACCUACAACGGACUCAAGGUGGACGUUGUCCACUACGAGGCCGAGAACACCUCCGUGAAGGAGAUCGGUGUUGACCUCAGCGAGUUCUAUCCGAACACGGAGUGGGACGUGCUCGGCGUGCCGGCGACGCGCAACGAGCGCCGCUGCCGGCUCACCACCUGCCCGGACAUCACCUACGAGAUUCAGAUGCGACGCAAGACGCUCUACCACACCGUCAACCUGAUCAUUCCGUGCGUGUCGAUAUCGGGUCUCACCGUCCUCGUAUUCUACCUACCGUCGGACUGCGGCGAGAAGAUCACGCUCUGCAUCUCGAUCCUCGUCACCGUGCUCUUCAUGUUCGUCUCCGACAUCAUACCGCCGACGUCGCUCGUCAUGCCGCUCAUCGGCAAGUACCUGCUCUUCGUGCUCAUCCUCGUCUCACUGUCCGUGCUCAUGACCGUGUACGUGCUGAACGUGCACUACCGCACGCCAGCGACGCACGUCAUGUCGCCGCGCGUGCGCCGCAUCUUCUUGCACGUGCUGCCGCGGAUGCUGCUCAUGCGGCGGCCGCAGUUCGUCAAGGACAAGACGCCUGCCGUCGCUAGCAGCCCGUGCAGCUCGCUGCACGAGACGCGCGUCGACGCGGCGCAACGACAUCACGUGUUCUGCGUCUACAGCGACGGCGACAGCGACGACAACGGAAGUUAUAGCGGAUACGCGGCCACGUCGCACGAACUUAAACGCGCGAUGGCCGAGGUGCAGUACAUAGCCGAACAGCUGCAUCGAGCCGACGAGGACAACGGGAUAGUAGAGGACUGGAAAUACGUUGCCAUGGUGCUAGAUAGACUGUUCCUGUGGAUUUUCACCAUUGCUUGUCUGACGGGAACUUGCGGCAUCAUCUUCCAGGCACCGUCGCUGUACGACACGACGAUGCCAAUUGAUCAGCAACUAUCACAGUUUCUACAUGUCCUGUACAAAUCAUAACCCCGAUGAUAGCUCAUAUAUCGUCCGUCAUUGCGUAAUUCGUGUGUAUAUUUGCUUUGCAUUCGUGAUUGGGCCAGAGUCUGCAGGAACUAAGGUGAGAUGAAGAGCAAGUGUAAAGAUCGAGAUCAGGGGAGAAUUAUGGUCGUGUCAACUUCUGUAUUGACGACGGCUCUUUGUGGUGGUGGGGGUGAUGAUAAUGACGAUGACCAUGAUCUUAAUGAUAAUGAGAGUCGUUUUCAUUCAAGUAUAUACCUACGUCUACCACGGUUGUUUAUAUUCAUUAGUAGUCAUAUAUGUUUAGCGAACGAAACGCAUGCAUGAUAGCGAUAUAUAUAUAUAUAUAUAUAUAUAUAUAUAUAUAUAUAUAUAGUUUUCCGAUGAUGAAGUAUUCUCCCGAUGCUUAAGCGUUUAGGACUGGUAAACUUCCGAGCGCUCACGCUUGAUGACUAAAAUAUGGAUUAUGGCAGAAUUAUUGCGUUUUACUUGAUACAAGCGCUCAUAGAAAGCACAUUCUAGCAUGUUUAAGCAUAAUAAAACGGAAUACAUUAAAUAAUUAUCGGAUACAUGUUAUACUCACUCAGGCUUGCAUAAGUCAGUUUGCCAUACGAUGUAAUUAUAUAUAUAUAUACACUGUAUAAUAUGCAGAUAACAUUCGUAGUUGCAACCGACAAACAGUUGCUAUUCUCUGACCCUCUACCAGUAUUUGAUAAAAUAGAGUGUUUGAUAAAAAAAAACUGCGUUAUUUGAUAAAAAAAACUUCCUGCGUAUUUGAUAAAAAAAAGAAGUAUGUAUAGACAUCGGUUAAUAUCGAUUAGAAUUUAACGUAGUAUGUAUGCAUGACACGGCGUAUGAAUAUA